AAGCAAGCGAGAAACACAAAUUUCGUCUGUCGCCGCUCAUGUGUCGCAUCCCGUUCACAUGCGAGCGCGCGCGAGCGCGUGCUUGUAUGCGCAAGAGGGAGAGCGCAUUUACAGCAUGGGGUCCGCGCGCGCACGCUCGUACGUUUACAGUCCAUUCAAAUUCUCCCUCGGCGGCAGUUUGGUCCGGUUGUAGGGGGUCGAUAACUCACCGUAUCAACGUACCAUCGUCACCGGCCGAAACCGGUCACCAGUUCACGAUCAACAAGAUCAGGUUUUUUUUCGGAUGUGUUAAAGGCAUUCCAAAAGGCGUGGUUCAAAUUCGCUAUACAUUGCUUUGCGUAUCCUUUGCGUACGGCUGGUAAAAACGCUGCCAAACAACAGGCAGAUAUAUUGUGCGGACAGUGCAAAACAGUUAUGUGCACCAGUGAUUAAACUAAAUGCGAUACGAUAACGAUGCCACAAAGUCGCGAGAUGGCAGUUAGGGGUGGUUUCUGGAUGAUAAUGCUGUUGGCAAUGGGAGUUCUGCCGUUUCCCCAUGCAGCGGCGGAAGUGGACAGUGCUCGACCGAAUAUAAUUUUUAUUUUAGCUGACGAUCUCGGCUGGAAUGAUGUCGGAUUUCAUGGAUCGGCACAAAUCCCGACGCCCAACCUGGACGCACUGGCUUACUCGGGCAUCAUCCUCAAUCGGUACUACGUGAAUCCAAUUUGUACUCCCUCCCGUUCGGCACUGAUGACGGGCAAGUAUCCCAUACACACGGGAAUGCAGCAUACCGUGCUGUACGCGAUGGAACCACGUGGCCUUCCCCUGUCCGAGAAGCUGUUGCCCCAGUACCUGAAGGAUCUUGGAUACUCGAACCACAUCGUUGGCAAGUGGCAUCUGGGGCACUAUCAGCUGCGAUUCACCCCAACGCAGCGAGGCUUCGACAGUCAUACCGGGUUCUGGACCGGACACCACCACAUGAACGAUCACACGGCGGUAGAACACGGCCACUGGGGUCUGGACAUGCGCCGAGGCUACGAUGUCGCCUACGACCUGCACGGCCAGUACACGACGCACGUGCUCGGUGCGGAAGCGAUCGCCAUAGUGCAGGGGCACAACAAGAGCUCCCCCCUAUUUCUGUACGUGGCCCAUGCCGCCGUCCAUUCGGCCAAUCCGUACGACUUUCUGCCCGCUCCGGACGAAACGGUGGCAAAUCUGGGACACAUUGAAAACUACCGCCGGCGUAAGUUUGCCGCCAUGAUGGUAGAGUUGGACCGUACGGUUGGGAGUCUCGUAGACGCGCUGCACGCACGUGACAUGCUCGAGAAUACGAUCAUCGUGUUUAGCAGCGACAAUGGCGGCCCAGCGGAUGGGUUCAACGAUAAUGCCGCCUCUAAUUGGCCACUGCGCGGAGUGAAGAAUACGCUCUGGGAGGGUGGCCUGCGAGCGGCCGGGUUCAUUUGGAGCCCACUGCUUCAAAAUGUGAGCCGUGUGUCGCACCAAAUGGUGCAAGUUUGCGAUUGGCUGCCGACGCUGUACGAAGCUGCAGGUGGUAAUGUCAGCGCACUGCCGACCGACCUGGACGGGAUCAGCGUGUGGCAUGAGCUGAGCAGUGGGGCUCCAACGCGACGUAUCGAGAUACUGCACAACAUUGACGACAUUUGGGGCACCGCGGCACUGACCGUGGGAAACUGGAAGCUCGUCAAAGGCUCACACUACAACCGCACCUGGGACGGAUGGUACGGUCCGGCGGGGAUACGGGACGAAAAGGCGUAUGCGCUGGAUAAGCUCGCCAACAGUCCGGCAGGGAAGGUGAUGGAGGAGCUGAGUCUACUGCCCACUCCGGAACGCAUCACGCAACUUCGCCGCGAGGCGACGGUAUCGUGUGGCGCCGGUGCGCACAUGGCCAGCGAGUGUGAUCCGCUCGAGCGCCCCUGCCUGUACGAUGUGGAAAGCGAUCCCUGCGAGUACAAUAACCUUGCCGAGGAGCAUCUGCACAUACUGCAGAGUUUGCUGGCCAGGCUUGCCGACUACAACAGCACUGCCGUUCCGCCCUCCAAUCUCGAGGAUGACCCGCGGGGCGAACCGCAGCACUGGAACUUCACGUGGCACAAUUUCGGCGACGAGCCAGAACCGGAAGUGCUGCUGAAUGAACAUGUAGACUAAGAGAGGGUAGGCGAAAGCGACAGGAAAACCAAGACUACAGAAUAGCGACCUCAUAAUUAAUACUGCAGAACUUCAUUUUAUUAUUCAUUCAAACACAGAGGAAACAUUAUCUAAGUAAAUCGCUAAAUAAAUUAACUGUUCAACCGUUUAGUUUAAAUUAAAAGCAUAAACUUAUCGUCAACCUUACAGGCCUCGCUCAGCAUAACUACAAAAAUCCCUAGAGAAAAACAGUGUAGCGGGCAAAUUUCACACACUGUAAAACUUUGCAAACGACACAGACACAAACUGCUGAUUGCAGCGGUAGACGAAGCGAUAGUUUGAUUUGUUAUAGGUUUAUGGGUUUGCUUUGCAUUUAUUAGUUCUAUUUGUAGCACAAUAUUGUCUAACAAUGAACCGGCCGACACAUCGCAAUCGGAUGGCGGAGGAAAACUUGACGGUUUACGCUUUAAGUCCUAUUGUAUACUUUCCCACUUGUACUCUCUCUCUCUCUCUCUCUGGUUAGCUGGAACGGGCCAACACUGGUGGCUGUAGUUAAUGGACAGUUUUAGGUUUUGAAUUUCGACCCUUUGGGUGCUUGCUGUUUCUCGUUUCUCGUUUACAGUGCUCUAGAUGCCGCAUAUCGUGAUCGUAAUAUAUGACAUAAAAAAUAAACAGGAAGCAAACUUUA